AUGUCAGAUAAACAAGACAGCACAAAGCCCACUUCCCAAAACAACCCUAUAAAUCUACAAAAUAACCCUUUACCACUCUCCCCUCCAUUGAAUCCAUUAUCGAAGGAGAUGGAACUAGCUAGAGCUAUGUCUGCGUCUUCAAGAUCACGUCUUUUUGCUUUGUCAAGGAGUGAUGUUUUAUAUCAAGAUCAGUGGCUUAUUGCUGUUAAUAAGCCUCGAGGUGUUUAUUGUGAGACUGUUUUGGAUUCUGUCCCCGAAGUUUUUGAUUGCUUGUUGAGUCAUCUGGACUCAGUGAAGGAGAGAGGUGAUGGCAACAAUAUGAUCAGAGAGAGGCAUUCUCAUGGUUGCUGGAUUCGCAAAGGGGAUUUCUUGACUAGCUUCUCCAUUGGAGGGGAUACCCUUUUGGUUGGCCAAUCUCUCUCUGCAAGCCUGACACUAAUAUCUCAAGGCAGCAUUUUUGAACUAGGUUUCUUCAAGCCUGGUUCUUCUUCAAACAUUUACCUUGGAAUAUGGUACAAGAACUUCGCAGAUAAGUUAAUUGUUUGGGUAGCAAACAGGGAGAGCCCUCUAAACGACCCAGCUUCGUUGAAGCUUGAAUUAUCACCUGAUGGUAAUCUUGCCCUACUUACAAAUUUCACCAAAACAGUUUGGUCAGCAGCUCCUACAUCUUCAAUGCCGAAUAGUACUGCAGAAGCAGUACUUCUUGAUAGGAUUGCUGGUGGUGGCAGGACUGGAGGAGAUAUUUACACCAGACUUUCUGCUUCUGAGCUUGAACUGAUUGGUAGUGGUAGUCCCCGAAUAGGUACUAACAAAGGGACUAAAAAAAGGAGAAUACGGGCAAUCUUGGCAGUGGCGAUUCCAGUAACUGUGAUUGCUUUAGGCAUCUUCAUCUACUUCGGCUGUCUACGCAAGCGAGAGCUAAUACGCAAAGGCAGAAACGUGAAAGAAACAGGGCCAUUGAUGAGUUAUGCGGAAAUACCUUCCGUGAAUAAGAUCACCCUUAAAUCAGGUCAUGGUCGAUCAAAUUCUGCGGCCUUAGCGUGUAAGCAGCAUCAGCUGUGGGCUGGUCAUUGCCAGUUAUCUUUAAGAAAAUUGCUGUAUCUUCUACGAUUGGCUAGACAUGUUCGUGUGACAAACGCAAAGCGUCUAGGUAUCCAAAGAAGUCCAACUGAUGGGCCUAUUGCCGUCUCCAUUGGAGGUGAUAUCCUGUUGGUUGGCCAAUCUCUAUCUGCAAGCCAGACACUAAUAUCUCAAGGCAGCAUUUUUGAACUAGGUUUUUUCAAACCAGGUUCUUCUUCAAACAUUUACCUCCGAAUAUGGUUUAAGGACUUCGCAGAUAAGAAAAUUGUUUGGGUAGCAAACAGGGAGAGCCCUUUAAAGGACCCAGCUUCGUUGAAGCUUGAAUUAUCACCGGACGGUAAUCUUGUCCUGCUUACAAAUUUCACCAAAACGAUUUGGUCAACAGCUCCUACAUCUUCAAUGCAGGCUAGUACUGCAGAAGCAGUGCUUCUUGAUAAUGGAAACUUUGCCAUAAGAGAUGGCUCAAAUCCACCUACCAUCUAUUGGCAGAGUUUUGAUUAUCCAACCAAUAUAUGGCUACCUGGUGCAAAGCUUGGGUUCAACAAGCGCACUGGGCAAGUGCAGCGGAUUAUUUCGUGGAAAAACUCAGAAGAUCCUGCACCAGGUAUCUUCUCCGCUGGGCUGGACCCAAAUGGAAGUAGUCAGAUUCUCAUAGAGUCCAGGUCACAUAGGUAUUGGAGCACCGGAGUUUGGAAUGGAAAAAAUUUUUCUUUGGUUCCUGAGAUGAGAUCAAACAAUUUAUUUAAUUUUAGUUAUGUAUCGAAUGAAAAUGAAAGCUUUUUCAUCUAUUCUCUUAACAAUGCUUCGGUACUUUCAAGAUUAGUGAUUGAUAUUUCAGGACAGAUCAAACAACACCUUUGGUUGCCUGGUGUUUGGAAUUGGUAUCUGUUUUGGCUCCAACCAAUAGACCAAGCUAAUGUUUAUGGUUUAUGCGGGGCUUUUGGAGUCUUUAAUGGAAAUUCAUCAAGCCCUUGUGAAUGCCUGAAAGGUUUUGAAUCAUUUGUACAAAAUGAUUGGUCAAGCGGUUGUGUUAGGAAAUCUCCUUUGCAGUGUCAAAAUAGGGAAGGUAUUGCUACGAAAGAUCGAUUCCUAAAGAUGUCAAAUCUGACAUUACCAGCAAAUACAAAAGCAUAUCAGGAAGCAAGUGAUGCAAAAUGUAGAUUGAAUUGCAUGGAAAACUGUUCUUGCGUGGCUUAUGCGUAUAAUAAUAGUGGGUGUUUUUUAUGGGAAGGAGCUCUUAUUAACUUACAGCAGGCAGGGAUUGCUGGUGGUGGCAGGACUGGAGCAGAUAUUUACAUCAGACUUUCUGCUUCUGAGCUUCAACAUCAGAUUGGUAGUGGUAGUCCCCUAAUAGGUACUAGAAAAAGGGUAAUCUUGGCAGUGGUUAUUCCAAUAACUGUGAUUGCUUUAGGCCUCUUCAUAUACUUCAGCUGUCUGCGCAAGGGAGAGCUCAUACGCCAAGCUGCUCUGGAACCACUUCCCUCCUUCAGCUGGGACCAUAGCCGGAUUCUUUCAAGUGAAAAGUUAUAUUGUCUUUUGAUCGUGGAUACUGAAUAUUUAAACCCGAAGAUGAAUCGAAAUAGUAAAGAACUUGGAACAAAUUGGAAUGUUAAAGAUCGUGAUACAAAUGAUGUGAUGGUUAUUACAAAGUUGCGUAAAGUAGCGUCUAAGCUUGGAAAGGCAUUCACAGAUCACAACUUCUCCAUUGGAGGUGAUACCCUGUUGGUUGGCCAAUCUCUAUCUGCAAGCCAGACACUAAUAUCUCAAGGCAGCAUUUUUGAACUAGGUUUUUUCAAACCAGGUUCUUCUUCAAAAAUUACCUCGGAAUAUGGUUCUUCUUUAAGCGGUUGUGUUAGGAGAUCUCCUUUGCAGUGUCAAAAUAGGGAAGGUCUUGCAAAGAAAAAUGGUUUCCCAAAGAUGUCAAAUCUGACAUUACCUGCAAAUUCAAAAGCAUCUCAGGAAGCAAGUGAUGCAAGAUGUAGAUUGGAUUGCAUGGGAAACUGUUCUUGCGUGGCUUAUGCGUAUAAUAAUAGUGGGUGUUUUUUAUGGGAAGGAGCUCUUAUUAACCUACAACAGGCACGGGUUGCUGCUGGUGGCAGGAAAGGAGGAGAUAUUUACAUCAGACUUGCUGCUUCUGAGCUUGAACUGCAGAUUGGUAGUGGGAGUCCCCGGAUGGGUAUAGCAUCUUCAUCCAUUGCAGCUGUCUACGCAAACGAGAGCUCAUACGCAAAGGUACAUCCUGGUUCUUGCUGUAAUUUCCGUUACUCCAGUGUCGAUGUUAUUGGCAGCGUAAAGAAAGAAAAGGAUGAUAAUGCAGAUGAUAAGAUUUAUUUUGAUGAGUUGUUUAGACAUUUCUCUGAAAUUCAGUAA